AUGAACGAAACACCCCGACUGCGGUCGGCCUUUCCAAACACGCCCCGAACUGGAGCUCGCUCUAGAACUGCGACGAGCAGUAAUCGAACGAGCUAUGGAUCUACGCAAUCUUCUUCGCCUUUCGAUCGAACCUCACCAGCCGCAAAGCCGAUCAGAGUACUUGCACAGAGCGAGAAGAAAAAGGAUGAUCGCCUGAUACCUUUCGAUGUUCUCGAUGCGCCGACUCAGCGUUUCUACGUAGUAGCAUUCUACGUUUUGCUGGGAGCGUGGCGCCUCUACAAUGCAUACUACGUCUCGGGAGAUCUCGACUCAACAUGGUACUUCAUGCAGUGGUGUGGUACGGAUGCCGCCUUUCUAAUUGUGCUGAGCUGGCUGCAGAUUCCGUGGCUGGAGUUUUCCUUCACAACAACCGUUGUGUUGUUCGUUCUUCAUGUCAUCGCGAAUGCAUUCCUGAUGUAUCACAUUCCCAUACCAUUGUUCUGGUGGGUUAGCGGCCUGGCGAAGCUGUUUUGGGAUCGUGAACUCUCAAUCUCGGGACAAGGUGUCAAACCUGCUGACAUCCUACACAACUCGUCAAUCAUACUCGGCAAACAAAUCAUCCAUAUCCUGCCUGAGGGAUCUGCGAUCCUCAACCCUCAGAAGCAAUCCUUCUGCAUUGAUGCUGAGACUCCAUUUGUUGACCUUCCCAUCCAAAUCAAUCAGACUGCUCCGAUUCUGAUCGAGCUCACCCGGUACGACAUCGGUGGCGAGGAAGAAGAAAAGUUAGAAAUCAAAGCAAAACAGGCUCGGGCUCUAAAGAAGCACGCCGACAAGGGCUACCCGAAAUCAGAGACCAACACUCCACGGAUGCUACGCCAUCGUGUCUCCAAGACAGGACUAUACCGAUUGGAGAAGGUUAUCGACGAGUCUAAUCUGGAAGUCCGCCGCCGGAGCUACGAUGUGGCGGUAGUCGACUGUCCGAGCGCAUUUGUGACCACCAGCGCCGAACACGGUUGCACCGGAGACCUCAGCAAGACUUCCAUUGGUGUCAAUGGAGUCCCACCUUUCAAGGUAAAGUAUAGCAAAAGAAUCAAUCAGCAGCAAUUCAGCUCCAUCGUACAGAGUAUACAGGCGCCAAAUGCGGAUGAUUAUUUGGCCCCGGAUGGUACCAGUAAUGUCGUUCUCGACCCUUCCCGUCCCCAGCUUGGUUGGACACAGUCGACGAGCGUUUCAUUUGAUAUCAAUGAAGCCUUGAACAAGAAUGGUAGCUGGACUUAUAUCGUCGAAGAUGUCGAGGAUGGUCUGGGCAAUAAAAUCGACUAUGACUUGACCAACGACAAGGAGAUGAGCCGAGCACAUCGGUCAAGUAGUCUUACUGUUCAUAAUCGACCAGUCGUCGACUUGGUCGGCUGCAGCAGCGAGCGUCCCCUUAAAGUCGCUAAGGAGGAUACCGUUGCUUUACCUGUUCGUAUUCGCCCAGUUGGUCAGAUUGCGCCUUCAGACUGGCCUAUGAAGCUCAAAUACAGCUUCAUGGCUGAUGCUGAAGGCCAAGUCCCGACAAUCGAGGACGUGUCGUUCGCCUUGGUGAAUUCCAAGGAGUCGAGCCUUCCACGGAUCAACAAAGCAGGCAAGUACAUGGUUGAUUCGAUCGAGACGCAAUACUGCCGAGGGGAAGUUGUGGAGCCAUCGUCCUGUUCACUCUUUAAUCCUCCCCGACCGAUGAUGUCGAUUGACUCCGAGGACAUCUUCGACAAAUGUGCUGGCAACCCCAUUGGCAUGACCGUGAACCUUGACUUCACGGGCAGUCCACCGUUCAAAGUCCGCUACAGCGUCGAGCACAACGGCAAGGCCAGCCCUAAAGUCCAGGAAUUCAACAGCAUGCGAGGACAGCUUGAAUUCAGAGAAAAGUCUGCCGGGUCUUACGUCUACCGAUUCCUCGGCAUUUCUGACGAGGUCUACAACGACGUCUCUCUAAAGGAGAAAGACAUGACUCUUCGUCAGGACAUUCGGCCUCCAGCAACAGCCAAUUUUGCUGAUGGCAAAAAGCUUCUGGAAGCUUGCUUUGGCCAGUCGGUACAAUUGCCAGUCAGGUUUGCUGGCGAAGGUCCCUGGGAUCUUGACUACGAAAUUGUGCACAAUGGUAAACGCAAAAAACACAACAAGCACUCAGGAGAAGAGUUCAACCUGGUGGAGCUCGCCGAACAAUCUGACGGAGGCGAUUAUACCAUAAUCUUGACAGGCGUUCAGGAUCGACUGAAGUGCAAGACUUCUCUGCAGGAAGAGAGGACCGUGCGUAUUCGCCCUGAGCAGCCGCAGGCGGCUUUUGGCGACAUUGAUGGCAAGCGAAUUAUCCGUGCUUUGGAUGGUAAAGCUGUCAAGAUACCACUACGGCUCAAGGGCUUUGCGCCAUGGUCGGUUCAAAUAAAGAAUCUGGAAGAUGGUUCUCGCGCCGUGGAGCAAACUUUCAAUCAACCCAACGGGGUCUACUCCGUCGACCGUCCGGGAACAUACGAGAUUGUGUCUGUUCGCGACAUGUGCCCAGGCUUUGUCAACCCCAGAGCCAAUACCUUCACAGUCACAGCCGUUCCUCGACCUGUUCUGAAGAUUCAGGAUGACGAGGCUCAUGACGAACGAUCCAAUACCUACCGAAAGCCUGCUGUCUGUCAAGGUGACGACUCGAGUCUCGGUCUGGGUCUUGCAGGCAAUCCUCCGUAUCGCUUGAAGUACUCACAGAAGUUUGAUCCAGUCAAAGGCGCUGCAGCUAUCAGCAAUAAGCCCCUGUCGGUCGCGGGCAACUCUGCAUCCAUCAAUCUGGAAACGGGCAAAGCUGGUGAGUACACCUAUGUUUUCAACGAGCUCAGUGACGACCGCUACGGACACGACAAACGCCAUUUCCACGAAAUCGCGGUCAAACAGAAGGUGCACUCGCUCCCAACGGCCAAAUUCUCGAGUCCUGGAAGAACAUAUGGCUACUGUAAAGAUGAUCCAAGUUUCAGUGGCAGUCCAGAGUCGGAGACCAUCCCGCUCACAUUCAGUGGUACUCCACCAUUCUCGGUCGAGCUCGGAAUUGGCCAUUAUGGUGUGGCUUCAAAACCUGAGAUUGUGAGACUCCGGGAUAUCCCAACAACCUCCUACAACUGGGCAGUCUCGCGCUCUAGUCUCGAAGUCGGCACGCACAGUCUGUUAAUUCGGUCGAUUAAGGAUGCCAACGGUUGCCAGAACUUCUACGAGUCGGACACCUCUGCUGUUAAGAUUGCGGUGUCGUCACCACCUACCAUCAUUCCACUUGAGUCGGCGGCCGAUUACUGUGUAGGGGAGCACGUUUCGUUCUCCCUUUCUGGUCAAGCACCCUUUGAGGUAUUCUAUAACUUCCAAAAUCGGGAGCGCAAGGCCAAGGUCACCGGCAGUGAAUUCCGACGCAUCGCUGAAAGUCCUGGGGAAUUCACCGUCACUGGUAUCAGCGAUAGCGCCAUGGGGAGCGGCAAGUGCCGGGCUAGAAAAGACAUCACGAAGUUCAUCCACCCCUACCCAAGCGUGAAAAUUUCCCAUGGACGGACACUGGUGAGCGAUAUUCACGAGGGCGGCGAAGUCGAAAUCGAGUUUGAAUUUACCGGAACGCCACCUUUCGAAUUCACCUACACACGCUCGGAAAAUACCAAAAAAGGACAGCGACCAAGGGUGCUCGAGACGCGACAUGACAGCAGCUCGGACUUCAGUAAACGGGUCCGCGCGAGUGACGAGGGUACGUACGAGGUGGUGGCGAUCAAAGACCGGUAUUGCGCGUAUGCCAGAGAUAAUCAAGCAUACAGUGGAAAAGGACAGAAAAUGUUGCAAUAUUAG